GGGUAGUGGAGUACAGAUCACUAGACAUUUUUCAAGCGGAAAGAAGACAUCUUGCCUCCAGGACGAGUGGUGCUCAACUCCGCCGCGUCACUGGGCGGCGUGACGAGCACGGUCCAAUCCUGAUAAGGAAGCGCACUCGACUCAAGUUUAACUCGGGCUGAGAGGUGAGUUCAGUGUCCUCACUCACUGGGAGCGGGCGCUGCGAUGAGCGGCAUCGGGAUUUUGGACCGCACGGAGCAUACAAUCCUGAUGAAGAGUCUUGGCCCAAAACGUCAGCUGCUUGCUCUUUACCAUAGAUGCUGCCUGGACUGAUGAGUUCCUGCAGCAUUCUGAGUGUGUUGCAUAGGUUGUGGAAUCAGCUCAGUGUUCAGAGCCCUGGGCUGGAAGAAUGCUGCAACAUGGAUUUUGGUGAACCACCCUAAAUGGAUCUCUUCCGAACGAUGUCUGAGGCCAACAUCAGUUCUACUGAUCCCAGCUCCAAUAGAUCGGUUUGUACGAAAAACUCUGUAUCAGUUAGCUUCCCAAUUAUCUUCAUGACCGUAGGGGUAAUAUCCAACAGCAUUGCCUUUGUGAUUCUGGUGAAGGCCUACAAAAGAUUUCAGCAAAAAUGGAGAGCUUCAUUCCUCCUGUUUGCCAGCGGACUAGUCUUCACGGAUUGCUUGGGACACCUCGUUGCUGGGGCCAUAACAGUCAGAGUGUAUGCACUGGACAUGGACUGGCAGGAGCUUGACCCCUCUGGGUAUCUCUGCUCUGUUUUAGGGACCUGCAUGGUUUUCUUUGGCCUCUCUGCCUUGUUCCUGGGCAGCGUCAUGGCACUUGAGCGGUGCCUCAAGAUCACGCAUCCUUUCCUUCACUCGACCAAGAUGACCAUCCGUUGCGCCAAGUUUACCCUGGGAUCCACCUGGUUGUUCGCACUGUGCAUCGCUCUGCUGCCCAACCUCAACUUCGGAGAAUAUACAGUUCAGUGCACCCUUACCUGGUGCUUUAUGAAAACAAAAGACAUCUCCUUUGGGAAAGAAAGUGGGAUUCUGCUCCUGUUCUCCUUGCUGGGGUUGAGCUCCCUUGGCAUCUCCUUGAUAUGCAAUACGAUUAGUGGCAUAACUUUGGUGAGAGCACGUGUGAAGAGCAAGUCCCACAGGAAUGGAAAGUCUCAGCAUGUGGAAAUGUUAGUACAGCUGGUGACCAUUAUGUGUGUCUCCUGUGUCUGCUGGGGCCCAUUCUUGGUAACCAUGGCGAUGAUAGGAAGCUUAUACGCGGGCCCCAAGUCCAAAACGUCACUUCUGAUGGGUGUCCGGAUGGCUGCUUGGAAUCAGAUCCUGGAUCCCUGGGUGUACAUCCUGCUCCGGAGAGCGGUGCUGAGGAGGGUUUGCAAGGUGAUUCAGCUGUGCUUGGGAAAGAAAGCCGUCCCCCAGCUGAACAGGUGGCGCUGCAGCACCUUCGAGAGCUCCAUCAAGAUAGCCACAAUGGACAUGUCACUGAGAAGACAGUCACGAGUAAACCAAGCAAAGCAAUGAUGCUGACUGACUUAUGCAUGACUUAUAUCAAGACUUUGUAAGCCUUAGCUAGUAGGCCUAUGGGACAUGUGGAAUAGUCCAAUGCAACUCUCAAAACCCUGCUUUACACUAAAAUCCCUUUGAAGGGUUUUGUCCAUGGAUCUCCAGCUUUGGUCAUGGUUUGAAUUGGAUGGAGGAAUCUGAAACCAGAGUGUUAUCAGCCAUUAGCAACGAAUGAUGAUUCAUAUCUUCUAAGUGGCCCACAUCAUGUAUGGGACAUGUGCCAAGAUGGAAUCUAUGAAGGUUAUAUGCCUGGACACACCCAUUUAUUAUUUGGUAAUGAAGGAGCAUGAUUAAGAACUACAUAUUGUAUAUUGACACACAUAAGGGCUUUCUUUGGUUAUGUUUUGUAUUAACACUUAAGCACGUUUGACCUGGUGGCAGAACUGUAGAAGCCUUGAGGUAUCAUUGUUGAUUCCUGAGGGAAGAAAAAUAAUUGCACAUGCAGAAAAGCUUCUCAGGCAACGAGACCCUUUCCUCGUCCAGUAGAAACCUCCUGAUGUAAGGCUCUGCUCCUUGGAUGAACUCAGGACUCCUGGAGAGCGAUCACAAAUGUGACUGACCAGUGGACCGGUCUGCCUUAAUGGUGCUGGUUUGAGGAGGAACAUUGGCCAAGAAACCAAGAGAACAACCUCCUCUUCUUCAAAUGGCGAUCUCUUCCAUUUGCUUUCACUGAUUAGAUAAGAUGUUAUGGAGGCAUAGAGACAGCCCAAUAUCUCCAUGCAACCCAUCUCUGAUUCCUAUUCCUUGCCAGUUCCCCUUAACUUUCAAAUAUUCAUUCUUUUAACUAUUUAUCAUUCUCCACCUUAGACUCUUAAAUUGACAACUUGUAUAAUGCAGAUGAACUCCUGAUAGCUCAGCCUACCUUGACAUAGCCCUUAAUAUCCAUUUGUGAUCAUCAUUGCACUUUCUUAGAAUCAGAUUUGAUUUCAUGGAUAUGUGUUUUGAAAUUUGUUGUUUUUGUAGAAGCAGUACAGUGAAAUACAUAAUAAUAAAAAUAAAUUACAAUAUGAAACAGAUAUAAUUUUUAAAAAUUAAAUAAGUAGAGCAAAACAGCAAAAAAAAAGGAGACAAAGUACUGAGGUAGUGUGCAUGGGUUCAUUAUCCAUUCAUAAAUCUGAUGGUGGUGGCGAGGAAGCUGUUCCUAAAACAUUGAGUGUGAGUCUUUAGGCUCCUGCACCUCCUCCUUGAUUGCAGCAAUGAGAAGAGGGCAUGUCCUGAGCAACGGAGUUGUCCGUGAUGCUGGGGAGGCUGGUGCCCCUGAUGGAGCUGGUUGAGUUUUAACUUUCUGCAGCUUUUUCUGAUCCUGUGCAGUGGCCCCUCCCCUCCAUUCCAGACCGCGGUCCAGACCUCACAGCUGCACGACUACAUUCUGCAUUCUGUUCAUGCUUUUCCACUUUGUACUACCUCCAUGUACUUAUAUUUGGAACGAUCUGUCUGGAAGGCAUGCAAAACAAUUUUUUCACUGCUCUGUGCUACAUGUGACA